UCAUGACUAAGACCACUCCCCUUUCUAAGGUAUAUAAGGACCUGUGACUCUCUUUUCCCUCAAAACCAAACCAGGCAGAACAAAGAUUAUUGAUUGACAGUCAUCAGCUUGUUCUUCUCCUCUGUGUCAGCCAAUCACCACCUCAGCAAAGAUGACAUCAGUCUUUCCAUUUGCUUUGUUGCUCUGUUUGUCCAGCGGACUGUUGACUGCAUAUGGUCAAGCUUCCUGCCUUCCUGGUUGGACUCCGUUUGGCUCUCGCUGUUUCGCUUUCUACAGCCAGGCAAAGACCUGGAUCGAUGCAGAGACCUUCUGCCAGACCAUUGGUGGGAAUCUGGCUUCCAUCCACUCAGAUGCGGAACAUGGAUUCAUCAGAAACUACACUAACCAAGUGACUGGGGCAAACAGACCGGCCUGGAUCGGAGGCAGUAACGCAGUGCAGGUGUUUACGUGGUUGUGGACUGAUGGAUCCAAAUUUGACUACACAAGCUGGGCUGCGGGGGAGCCUAACAACCAGGGUGGAGGGGAGUUCUGUCUUCUGAUGAACUGGAAUGAUAACUGGAACGACUGGGCUUGUACCAACAAGGCUGCUUUCGUGUGCUCCAAGAACCUGUGUGUGUAACUCUACCACACCAUGAUGAUGCCUCUCCAGCUCAUCUCUAAUCUCUAUCAUUGAUUCACUUUCAGUUUGUUCAGCAGACAGAAACAGCUCUCUGCUGACAGAUGACUCACUUUCACUUGUUUAUUAUCUGAAGAGUUAGGGAACAGUUCAUAUUUGGGUUUAGAAUUAGACAGAAACUGGCUCACUGAGCUGGACAAAAACAUAUCAGUAAUUGGACUUUUAAUGUUUAGUAAAUAACACUAAAUGAAAUACAGAAAACAUUUGAAUACUCACACAUCUUUUCCAUUUUAGUUUACUGAAUAUUAUAAACAGCGCCCACUCAUCUGAUAAAAUAUUAACACACUAAUUAGAUUUCUCUCUGAGAGUUAUUGUUCAGAUCAAUACAACUCUCAUGUGUGAACGCUAAAUAUGAAGUUCCCUCGAGCAGACGUUAGCUUAGCUUAGCAUAAAGACUGGAAACAGGGGUAAACAGUUGUCUUAACUUAGCAUAAAGACUGGAAACAGCUAGCCUGACUCCAUCCAAAGGUAAACCUACCAGACAUGAGUGGUGAUGAUCUUUUUAUCCAAAAUGUCCAGAUAGAAAAUAAAAGUGUAUAUUUUGUCAGAUCUUUUUGUGAUACAAGAGGAGAAUGCAACUGUAAUAACACUUCAUGAUAACUAUUAAUAAUUCAUAUAGUCCACUGGUUAAUGAACUAGUUACUUUUUAUUCUUUAAACUGAUGUGUUGUGUUCUUUAUUCAUCUGAUUUCCUUUACUAUAUAAUCAACUAAGCAUUCAAAAAUAAAAGACAUAUUGUCACAAAAA